AUGCCUCGUCGCGAAGCUUCCCCCGCCUUAUCAGAGAAUGACUUUGACAUUACAAGUGCGCUUUUCCAGAAUGACAAUGACUCCGACUCCGACUCGGGUGUCGCAAAGUCCCAACAGAAGCCCACCCCGACACAGGACCUCGACUUUCUUGGCGCCGAUGAUGAUGGUGAUGAAGCGUUCAUUGCCACACAGCAGGCCUCUGCCAACCGAAAAGGAUCCAAUCUCAAGGGCCGGACUGUGAAGAAAGGUGGUGGCUUUCAAGCAAUGGGUCUUAAUGGCAAGCUGCUCAAGGCCAUCACCCGUAAAGGAUUCUCCGUCCCCACUCCGAUUCAGCGCAAGACUAUCCCAGUGAUUAUGGAGGACCAGGAUGUGGUGGGAAUGGCUCGAACUGGUUCUGGAAAGACCGCUGCCUUCGUCAUCCCCAUGAUCGAGAAGCUGAAGAGCCAUAGCACCAAGUUUGGAGCCCGCGGACUGAUUCUGUCGCCAUCUCGCGAACUGGCUCUGCAGACAUUGAAGGUAGUGAAAGAAAUGGGACGUGGAACCGACCUGAGAUCAGUUCUCCUAGUUGGUGGUGACAGUUUGGAAGAGCAGUUUGGACUGAUGGCCGGCAACCCGGAUAUUGUGAUCGCAACACCGGGUCGAUUUUUGCAUCUUCAGGUCGAGAUGGAUUUGGAUCUCUCGAGUAUCCGCUACGUGGUAUUUGACGAGGCUGAUCGACUAUUCGAGAUGGGUUUCGCCGCGCAAUUGACCGAGAUUUUGCACGGCCUGCCCCCAACCCGACAAACUCUUCUGUUUUCUGCAACACUGCCCAAAUCCCUCGUCGAAUUCGCACGCGCUGGUCUCCAGGAGCCAACCCUGAUUCGCUUGGAUACUGAGGGUAAAAUCUCACCGGAUCUGCAGAAUGCAUUCUUUUCCGUCAAGUCUUCAGAUAAGGAAGGAGCUUUGUUGCAUAUUCUCCACGAUAUCAUUAAGAUGCCUACGGGCGACACCGAAGUCACCAAAAGAUUCAAAGAGGAAGGUCCUCCGUCAAGGUUUCCCAACAAGCGAAAGAGGGAUGAUGGGAAGUCCAAACCACACAAGGAAUCGCCGACUGCACACUCGACGAUCAUUUUUGCCGCUACGAAGCAUCACGUUGACUAUCUCUACUCUCUCCUGAAGGAAGCCGGCUUUGCCACCUCCUACGCGUAUGGUUCCUUAGAUCAACUUGCACGAAAGAUCCAGGUUCUGAAUUUCCGACGAGGCAUUUCCAACAUCCUGGUUGUUACUGAUGUGGCCGCCCGUGGUAUCGAUAUCCCGGUUCUCGCCAAUGUCAUCAACUACGAUUUCCCCUCACAACCCAAGAUCUUCGUCCACCGUGUUGGUCGUACCGCCCGUGCCGGCCAGAAGGGAUGGAGUUACAGUCUCGUCCGGGACUCGGAUGCCCCCUAUAUGCUGGACCUUCAACUUUUCCUUGGGCGACCACUCAAGCUAGGCCGUAACUCUGGCCCUGUCAAUUUCGCCGAGGAUGUCGUGGUUGGAUCGCUCCCAAGAGAUGCCCUUUCUCGCAGCUGCGAAUGGGUCAACAAAGUCCUGGCGGAGAUGCAUGAUAUUAUUUUGCAGCGCCAGGUGGCGACGCGAGGUGAGAAACUAUACAUGCGUACUCGAAAUGCUGCAUCGCUCGAAAGUGCCAAGCGAGCCAAGCAGGUCACGGCCACAGAAGAGUGGUCUACCAUUCAUCCCCUCUUCAAUGACCAGACCAGUGACUUGGAGGCCCAACGGGAGAAGCUCCUGGCCAAGAUUGGUGGCUUCCGGCCCAAUGAGACCAUUUUCGAGGUGCACAACCGACGUGGCGGCAAGACCGAGGAAAAUCCCGCGAUGGAAACGAUCAAGCGGCUCCGCACAACGGUGGAUAAAAAGAAGCAGCGCGCCCAGGCUAAGGAGCAAUCGGAGUUGAACGAACUUGGCAUUGGAGCAGACCAAGAGAUAGACUCCGCCGACGAGGACAUUCCCGAGGCUGCUGGUGACAACAUGUCCGAGGCCGACGAAUCUGAUCUGGAGGUCACCUUCUCCGCCUACUCUCAACCCAAGAAGAAGCACGACAAACCCCAAGAUUCAAUGACGACCUCGUUCCAGAAUUCUGACUACUUCAUGGGUUACACGCCCAACAAUACCGACCUCGCAGAAGAUCGGGCCUACGGUGUUCACUCUGGUACGAACCAGAACUUCACUCAGGCCUCCCGCAGUGCGACCAUGGAUCUCAACGGCGACGAAGGUCAGCGUGGGUUUGGAGAGCCUCGAUCCACCAUGCGCUGGGACAAGCGACACAAGAAGUACGUGGCCCGGCAAAACGACGAGGAUGGUUCCAAGGGCACGAGAUUGGUGCGCGGUGAAAGUGGUGCCAAGAUUGCCGCCAGUUUCCGCAGUGGUCGUUUCCAGAGCUGGAAGAAGGGCAAGCGCAUGGGUAAUAUGCCUCGUGUGGGCGAGGCUGAGAACCCUGGCCUUGGAGAUGUCUUCAAUGGACCUGGUGGCCGUGGUGGUGGUGGAGGCGGUCCCCGGGGUGGUGGCCGAUUCCGGCACACGCAGCAACGGGCGCCUAAGCGCGCCGAUCCCCUACGUGGCGAUUACGACAAGAUGAAGAAGAAGAACGAGGCAGCCCGCGAACGACAAGGUGCCGGCUCGGGUGGCAAGAGUGAGAUUCGUUCGACCGACGAUAUCCGCAAGGCGCGCAAUCUGCAACAGAAACGUCGUGACAAGAAUGGACGGCCAUCCAAGAAGAAGCGGUGA